AUGUCGCUAGAAGGCUAUUUCAACGUGAAGGACUUCGGUGCAGUUGGCGAUGGAAAGCAAAGCGACACUAAGUACAUAGAGCGUGCUUUAGCCGCUGCAAAUACUCAAGGGGGUGGCGUUGUUUGGUUUCCACCAGGCCUCUACCUGAUCGAUCAAGGUUCGACCGUCGGAAGAGGUUUCACCAUCAGCGACUCAAUAACUUUGGCUGGAACCGGAACUGGCAAACCACAGUUCGAUGCUGAGCAAGAAAUUGACCCCUUUGCAACGAACGGUUCGAAGUUGUUAAUCAGAAACACGGAUAUAAUUCCAAUUUUUGUUACUGGUUGGGGCUCAGUCAUCCGUGAUCUCGCGAUUUACCACGAACAAGAGAAACUUUCGACGGUGCCAUGGGUGCCUACAAUAUUCAAAGAGGCCAUUCAUGUAUUUGGACAUGAUGUUCUCUUGAAAAAUCUUUACUUACGAAAUCCAUAUGUCGGGGUGGUAUCAGAAGGCGUUGGACGGUUAAGCAUCGACCGUCUUUUCGGCCAACCACUGGAUACGGGGAUCGAUAUCGAUCGCGCCACGGACACUGUGAGAAUAAGCAACGUCCAUUUCUGGCGAUUUUGGUCUGCUGCAGAGCCUGUGGCGAAGCACACAUUUAACAACGCGAAUGCUAUCAUAAGUCGACGGAACGAUAAUCCACACUUUUCCAACAUCUUCGCAAUAGGUUAUAAGACUGGGUUUGUAUUCCGGAAGUCCGUCUACGGCAUCACAAGCAAAUUUCGUAUCAAUAAUGCAGAUAUCGACAAUUGCAAAUUUGGAAUUGUUAUUGAAGCGGACGCACAACGGACGACUGGUCAGGCUGUUAACUACACGUUUCAAGGGACGGAUGAUGAGUCGCAAUCUGGCAUUAGGAUUGAAGCGCCUGAUGCAACGGUUCAGUGCGGUAAUAUUAGAGUACAGAAUGUCCAAACAAAUGGUAUUCUGGUCCUGGGCCCUGCGUCGUUUUUGAUGAUCGAUAAUGUUUGGGUCGAAUCCUGGGAUAAAUCAGGUAAAGAGUUUCCUGCCAUUGAAGCUGCCGGGGAAGGUGCAGUCGUGUCAGUUGGGUUCAACUUUCUUGCCAGGAAUGGGGGGAAUAUACUGGUGAAAGGAACCUUUGGGGGGAAAGUUCUAUACCCAAGUAACAACAACUGGCCUGAAGCUGCGCUAUGGUGGUGA